CCAUCUAGCUAGGUCAGUUCAUAUUCUUUUUCCCUAGCCACACAGAGAGUUUGCGUGUCAACUUGAGUGUGUGUGAAACACUGAGAAUUUAGAGUAUCAGCCGUUCUGCUGAGUGGGUCAACCAAAUACAAUUUAGUGGUUUCUUAGCAGUUAGCUAGCCUGUUUAGUACUAAUUGGCUGGAGCUCGAAACUGGAUCAUUUGUCGAUCGUGGCCUGCAGCACUUGCCAGAACUUCAGACUGAAGUUUGAUUGUCAACUAUCUACUUGAGGUAACAACAUAUAUACAUUACAAGUUCAGCAUGGAAGAAUACGAGCCUCCACUUUCCCAGGUCUUCCGAAAUCUGUCCCAAAGAAAGACACAAAUUGAAGAGGAGCCGACUGAUGUGUUUGGAUUACAAUGUUGUCAGCUACCAUUGGUGGAUCUUGGUCGUCUGAGUUCGGGCCAUCCAGUGUGGAGAAAAGAGUGUGAGAAAGAAAUAAUAGAAGCCGCAAAAGAAUGGGGAUUCUUUCAGGUUGUAAAUCAUGGAAUAUGUAAAGAAAUGUUGGUUAAUUUACAGCAAGAACAAGUGAAAUUAUUUCGACAGCCAUUUCACCAAAAGGCUAACCAGAAUCCUUCCAACUCACCGUCGGGCUUCUACCGUUGGGGAAACCUGGCAGCUACAAGCCGCGCUCAGUUCUCAUGGUCAGAAGCUUUCCACAUUCCUGUGUCCAGCGUUUCAGAUUUUAGGACUUUGAACCAUUUAAGCUCCACAGUUGAGGAAUAUACCGAAGUAGUUUCAAAGUUGACUACAAAAAUUGCUGAAAUAUUAGCAGAUAACAUGGGAAUCUGCUCUUAUAAAACAUUUCUGGAAGACAAGGUGGUGCCAAGUUCAUGUUAUCUUCGAAUGAACCGGUAUCCGCCUUGCCCUAAAUCUUAUUCUAAAGCCUGUGGCCUCGUGUCACACACUGAUACUUCCUAUCUCACUGUCCUGCACCAAGACAAGAUUGGAGGUUUACAGCUGAUGAAAGAUGGAGCUUGGAUUUGUGUUAAUCCUAAUCCUGAUGCCUUAGUCGUCAAUAUUGGUGACCUAUUCGAGGCUUGGAGCAACGGGUUGUAUAAGAGCGUCAGGCACAGAGUUGUGGCGAACGGCGAAUUCGAGAGGUUCUCAGUGGCCUACUUUUCUUGUCCUACCAGGGAUACAGUGGUAAGCAGUUGUAGCCAGCCUUCAAUUUACAGGGACUUUAGCUUUGAGGAGUUCAAACAACAAAUUCAAUUGGAUGUCAAGUCAACCGGCAACAAAAUAGGGCUUCCUAGGUUUCUAAGAUAAAUGGCCAUUACAAAUCCAGCCGCACUUGAAUAAACGUAUAUGUAUUUUAUUUUUAUUUCGACGAUCAAGGUUUAUUUCUGAUGUAUAGUAUGUGUGUUAUUUCUUGGCGACUUGAUUAAAAUAUGUAUGUUCUGAACUGAAGUAUAUAUAUGUACGUCUGCAUAACAAUUCAGACCAUGAUGUAAGAUAAGAAAAAUAGGGUUCUAAGUUUUUUUUUUGACGAAUAUAGGGUUCUAAGUUUGAUUCGGUUUGAUUUUGAUCA